AACACGGCUCCCUCGGCGCUUAGCAAAACAUCUUGACGGUUGUGAUAUUUGUUACGUGGUGUCUACUUUAUAUGAAUGCUAAGCUUGAGGAGUUUUUGUGUUACUUAAUUUAAAAAAAAAAGUAUUAGCAAAUCUAAUUUAUUUAUAUUUAAAACUUUUGCAACACGCGAAAAGCACAAAAAAUAUUUUGUAUGUGAAAAAUGGCUUUACGCAUCUGCAACAGAGUAAAUGUCGGUGUGAAAUUUGUGCUGGCACUGUUCAUUGUCGUUGUGGCCGGUCUGCAACUGGUGUUUGCUGCCAAAGAUUUGCCUGCAAAUUUUGAUAAAUGCAAACGUGAUGAAAAUUUCGAUAAAUGCCUGGUGGAUGCAGUUAAUAAUGCAAUAGUCAUAUUGAAAGAUGGAAACAAAGAGUUUGGAAUACCACCUUUAGAGCCAUUGGCUGUAAAAUCUCUUGUAAUCGAAGCCGGCAAUGCACCUAUUAAUCUUAAACAAACACUUAAGAAUGUACUUGUACAUGAUAUGAUAUCAACUAGUAAAGUGCAACGUUAUAGAACCGAUUUGGACAAUCAUUUAAUUAUCUGUGAUAGUAUAACUUCUCGUAUCGAAAUGGUUGGACAAUAUGAAAUGUCGGGAAGAAUUUUACUAUUGCCAAUCACAGGCAGUGGUAAAGCUAAUGUUACGCUAGUAGAUGCAAAAAUUGAACAUCGCUUAAUCGGCGAACCUUUUGAGAAGGAUGGUGUGAAGUAUAUGCGGUUGAAAGAGUAUCGCGUCAAUUUCAGCCCAAAGCGUGUUUAUCUGCAAUUUGAUAAUUUAUUUAACGAUCGCUUACUUUCACAAACUAUGAAUCGAUUUUUAAACGAUAACUGGGAAACAGUUUUCAAUGAGCUUAAAGUUGGAUAUUCUAAAAGUUUUGGUAUCAUUUUCCGUGAUUUGUCUAACAAACUAUUUGAAAAAAUUCCUAUGGACUCAAUAUUUUUAAGAUAA